CAAUAAUGAUAAUAAGGAUAUUUCCUGCUCUCUUCUUCACUUCUUCUCUUUUUGAUCGAACUAUCGAACUAUCGAACCAUCUCACAUUUCAUUUGUUGAGUAUAUAGUACUGAAUCCUCUAAAAUCCAUCAAGUUCAUUUCCGUACCUUUCGUCGUCCAUAGCUAGGAUUUGUAUUUUUCCCCCCUACCCACAUCGUCCUCUCACCAUGGUUCUUACUGCCCCCCCUGCCGAAGUGGCCAUUAUUGGCGGAGGUCUUGCCGGCCUAACCCUCGCUCUGGCGCUGCAUGAUCUGAAUAUCCCCUCUACGGUCUAUGAGGCCCGCUCUGCGGAUUUCGACCAAGGGGGCGGUAUUAUGCUAUCACCCAACGCCUUGAGGGUCCUCGAUAGCGUGGGUGUCUACAAACGUAUUCGCGACAACUCACUACAAUUCGACAUCCUCACCUUCAAGGAUGUCCAGGACAAGACUACUGAUGUGUACUACUUUGGCUCUGAGGAGCUAUACGGCUACCAUGCCAUCCGUAUCAUGCGUAAACAACUUCUAGAUGAGUUGAAGGCCAUGGUGCGGGAGCGCAACAUCCCCAUCCACUUUGAUAGUAAAUUGACUGCCAUCACAUCCGAUGGCCCAGACAAGGUCGAGUUUACAUUUGCGGACGGACGCGUCGCAUCCGCUCCUCUCGUAAUCGGAGCCGACGGAAUCCAUUCGACCGUGCGUGGGACUUUCUUACCCCAGGUGAAGCCUAUGUACGCCGGUUUCAUGGGUAUCAACAGCGUUGUGCAGAGAUCUCAGCUUCGUAUCCCUGAAGGCUACAGCCUACCCGCAACUGUCAUGGCCAAGCCGGGCGCCUUUCUGCUAGUCCCCCAAAAGCCGGACGGGUCCGAGCUUUUUAUUGGCUCGCAGAGGCGAUUUCCCGGGCUAGACGCGGCAGGUUGGGAAGCGCUGAGAAAGGACAAGCAAAAGUUGUAUGAAAUGCUUCAAGAGAAUAAGUCUGACUGGCCGGAUAUCGUGCAAUCAGCUCUAGAGGCGACGCCAGUGGACCGGAUGGGAUUUUGGGCUUUCCACGGUAUACCGCCCUUAGCAUCGUGGUUAUCUGAGUCCAAGAGAAUUAUCCUAGUCGGAGACGCAGCGCACGCAAUCCCGCCAACUGCCGGCCAGGGUGCCAACCAGGCUUUCGAGGAUGUAAGAGCACUGGCCACUCUGCUCUCAAAGCUCUCCCCCGAGGUGCCGCUAGACAAGGCUGCCGCGCAAUGGCAAACCUAUCGCCAAGAGCGAGUUAAGAAAGUCCUUGACCUAACUAACCAGAUGAACGCGAAACGUCUCCCCGAAUCAGAGCGAGCUAAGAUGCCACCGGGCGCUAUCUGGAGUGACCAGUCCCUCACACGUGGUGAGGGUGGAGAGUUAGGCUGGCUAUACAAUCCGGAUUUGACACAGGAGGCUGAGAAGUGGGUGGAAGAGCUCAAACAGGCUGCUAAUCCUUGAAGGCAAAAAAAGAUAUGCCCAGAAUUGGACUCUAGGGAUGACUACCUAUUUACCUAGGUUAGACAUGUACAUACCCGAUUAGCCUUGUAAGUGCUGUACUUUCGUAGCAAAAAGCCGUUUCCACCUUGGGGUCCGUAAAUGCUACAUUGCGGAAAUAGACUGUUGUCCCCGCAAGUACGCUACGAUUUUGAUAGCAAUGUAAAUGUUGGAAGUUGGUGUACACCAAUGUCCGAGCAAUAGUGCAAAUAACCAACAGUAGUAUUAUUUAUAAAUGUUAUGUGUUAUACUCUA